GAUCGUAUUUUUGUGGGUGGGCUCCCCUAUUAUUUCACAGAAGCACAGACCAGGGAGCUGCUCGAGUCGUUUGGGCCCCUUCGGGGGCUUUGAUUUAGUGAAAGAUAGAGAAACAGGAAACUCGAAAGGCUAUGCAUUUACCAGGAUAUAGCUUGUGCAGCUCUAAAUGGGAUUAAAAUGGGUGAUAAAACUCUUACUGUGAGGCGUGCCAACCAGGGCGCUACCCAGCCUAAACCUGAACAAGAUAGUGUACUGUUGCAUGCACAGCAACAAAUAGCAAUUCAGAGGCUCAUGUUACAACCAGCUGGUUCACUUGCCACUAAGGUUUUAUGCUUAACCCAAGUGGUCACUGAGGAUGAGCUCAAAGAUGAUGAGGACUAUGAAGACAUAGUGGAAGACAUGAGAAUGGAAUGUGGAAAAUUCGGUACUUUAGUGAACGUUGUAAUCCCACGCCCAAAUCCCAACGGUGAACCGGCUCCAGGGGUUGGAAAGGUGUUUUUGGAGUAUGCAGAUCUUGAUAGUGCCACGAAAGCUCAUACAGGGUUAAAUGAUAUAAAAUUUGGCGGGAAUCGAGUAGUAGCUGUAUUUUAUCCCGAGAACAAGUUUAGUCAAAGGGAGUAUGAUGGCUAAGUUUUCUCCUUUGACUCUGCCUGGAUGUCAGUUCUUGGGUGAUCUCGUCUCUUUAGGAGAAACUUUCUUGUGGAUGAUUUAUUGUGAUUUAUGUUCUUAAUAACAGUUUAGCUGUUUCUUAAUUUUUUUGAUGGUCCUAUUCGUCUUUCUGUUUUUUGUUUUUUUUUUUGGUUGCGAUUUUGAACAAUAAUGUAGUAAAAUUCAGUAUUUCUUUACAUAAAUGUGAAAAUUAAUGUGAGCUUGAAAUAGUA